UGCAGUCUUGAUAGAACGCGGCACAGGCAGAAGCAUCACUCCGGUCCGGGAAACUACAAGUCGUUUUCUCACAGAAAGGAAUCCAGCAACGAAGGCCAAGCUUGAGUCAUGUGUGGGAUAUUUGCCUAUCUGAAUUACCGAGUGCCUCGCACCAGAAAGGAGAUAUUUGAGACGCUGGUGAAGGGACUGCAGCGACUGGAGUACAGAGGGUACGAUUCAGCAGGUAUCGCUGUCGAUGGCCCUAGGAAGACGGCCACUGACAUCAACGACAACACCAUCUGCUUGAUCAAGAAGAAGGGGAAGGUCAAGGCGCUGGAUGAGGAGCUUUACAAGAAAGACUCACUGGACCUGGACGAGGAGCUGAGCACACACUUUGGCCUUGCUCACACUCGCUGGGCCACACACGGAGAGCCCAGCGCUGUCAACAGCCACCCUCAUCGUUCUGACAAGGAUAACGAGUUUGUUGUCAUCCACAAUGGCAUCAUCACCAACUACAAAGAGCUGAAGGCAUACCUGAUCACCAAAGGAUAUGAGUUUGAGUCAGAGACGGACACAGAGGUGAUCCCGAAAUUGACCAAAUAUGUUUACGACAACCGAGAGAAUGACAUCACCUUCUCCACCCUGGUAGAGAGGGUUAUUCAGCAGCUGGAGGGGGCCUUCGCUCUGGUGUUUAAAAGUCGUCAUUACCCCGGAGAGGCUGUGUCCACCAGGAGAGGAAGUCCAUUGCUCAUUGGUGUGCGAAGCGAGCACGAGCUGUCGACCGAAAACAUCCCCAUCCAGUACAACACUGCUCGAGUCCAGGAGAAGAACAGCCAUAAUCGUCCUGACUGCACCAACGACAUUGACUGUGUGGGGGAUGGCAGGGCUGUGGAGUAUUACUUUGCCUCUGACGCCAGUGCCAUCAUUGAGCACACCAACAAGGUGUUGUACCUGGAGGAUAAUGAUAUAGCAGCGGUGACCGGCGGGAAACUCUCCAUUCACAGGAUUAACCGGCAGGCUGGUGAGGAUCCAGUGAGGGCAAUCCAGACCCUGCAGAUGGAGCUGCAACAGAUCAUGAAAGGUAACUUUGAUGCCUUCAUGCAGAAGGAGAUCUUUGAGCAGCCGGAGUCAGUAGUCAACACUAUGAGAGGACGGAUUUGUUUUGAAACCAACACAGUGCUUCUCGGUGGGCUGAAGGACCACCUGAAAGAAAUCAAACGUUGCAGACGGCUAAUCGUGAUUGGCUGCGGCACCAGCUUCCACGCUGCAGUGGCUACCAGACAGAUCCUCGAGGAGCUGACGGAGUUGUCUGUCAUGGUGGAGCUGGCAAGCGACUUCCUGGACCGCAACACGCCUGUGUUUAGAGACGACGUUUGCUUCUUCAUCAGCCAGUCAGGAGAGACAGCCGACACCUUGAUGGCACUACGCUACUGCAAGAGCCAAGGUGCUCUGACAGUUGGUAUAACCAACACUGUGGGCAGCUCCAUUUGUAGAGAAACAGACUGCGGAGUCCACAUCAAUGCUGGCCCUGAGAUAGGAGUGGCUAGCACCAAGGCCUACACCAGUCAGUUUGUGGCCCUCGCCAUGUUUGGCCUGAUGAUGAGCGAGGACAGACUCUCCCUACAGCAGAGAAGACUGGAGAUCAUCAACAGCCUCAGGGAUCUACCUGAGCUGAUAAAGAAGGUUUUGGCCCAGGAUAAGAAGAUCAAGUCCAUUGCCGAGGAACUGUACCAGCAAAAGUCUCUUCUGGUGAUGGGCCGAGGUUUCCACUACGCUACCUGCCUAGAGGGGGCGCUGAAAAUCAAGGAAAUCACUUACAUGCACUCCGAGGGCAUCCUGGCUGGGGAGCUGAAGCACGGUCCUCUGGCACUUAUAGACAAAGACAUGCCGGUCAUCAUGAUCAUCAUGAGAGACGCCUGCUACACCAAGUGCCAGAAUGCUCUGCAACAAGUCACGGCCAGAUCGGGUCGGCCCAUCAUCAUUUGUUGCGAGGACGACACUGACAUGUGCAAGAAUGCCUACCAGACCAUCGAGCUGCCGCAUACUGUGGACUGUCUGCAGGGCAUCCUCAGUGUCAUCCCCCUGCAGCUCAUGUCCUUCCACUUGGCUGUCCUGCGAGGAUUUGACGUUGAUUUUCCCAGAAACUUGGCCAAAUCUGUGACCGUGGAAUAAAAAAGUACAGAAAAGCAGGCUUAUAGAUGUACAGUGCAAUUGAACGUUUGUGUGUGUGUGUGUGUGUGUGUGUGUGUGUGUGU